UAACGGCUUCCACAUGAAUAUAAAUCAAAAUGCAUCUCUAUUCCGUAUUGCAAUCUUUGAGCUUAAUUGCUCUCAUUCCUGAGGUGCUAGUAGUGGCACAGCAAUACCCAAUAAAGGUUCUCCACGAGUUCUCCAAUCCUACAUGGCUAGACAGUAAUGCUGUUCGAUACAACGGCGACGUUCUCGUUACUUCUGCUACAACUAAUGAAAUCCGUCUAAUAAAACCAAGCAACCCCGAAAUCGCCGUCACUGUUGCUAGCAUCCCGGGUGGCAACGGUGCCAACGGUAUCACAGAGAUGGAGAGAGAUGUAUUCUACAUCAAUGGAGGAAACUUCACCGUUGCAACUGGCCCAAUACUUGGCAGUUACGGGGUUUGGCGACUCGAUUUUCGCCAAACACCGCCGGUCAUAUCCCUCGUUACCAGGCUCCCAGACGUCAGGCUCGCGAACGGUAUCGCUCGUCUUCACCCAACGGACAACAGCCACGUUCUGAUAUCAGAUCCAAUUGCUGCCGAAAUUAUCAGAGUCAAUGUCAAAACUGGCGAAUAUGCUCGAGUCAUCAAUGACACUGCGUUGCGUGCUGUAGCUCCCAAUCCCAAUGGAGUCAGUGUUCUUCGGACAAGCGGAUCCUACGUCUAUUUCAACAACCAAGGCUCUAGCUUGCAAAGAAUACCAUUUUCAACUACGACAGGAAUCGCCACCGGACCUUCAGAAACGAUUGUAACUCUUGACGCUCACUCCUUUGCCAUCUCAACAGACGGAACAAAAGCCUGGAUGUCUUCCAAUUUCAUCAAUUCCCUGCAGGAAAUCGACAUCGUUAACCGCACCUCAAGAAUUGUAGUACAGAAUCAGCCAGAUUUUAUCACUCCAACAGGUGUCGCUCUUGGGACGGAAGGUGGAAAAAAUGUCUUGUACAUUACAACAGGUGGAGGACUGGUUUGGGAGACUAUGGAAGCCGUUACUGGUGGAAGACUGAUUCAAGUUAACUUGGAAGUCUAGAUGUAGGAUUUGCUUGAGCCUGCUUAUAAAGGAUUAUCUGGAAAAUAAUUGCUUUAGUGGAAUUGGCCUGAUAUAUUCUGUCAGGCCUAACCCGGAGUUAAGACUUGACAAGUUACAGGCGCUGUAGCCUCACUAGGCAAGGCAAGAUGCAGGCGGCACGAUAUUUGUAUGGACAAGACAUAAGGGCAGUUAGCAUGACUCCACGGAAAGGGAAGAACUAGCGAAACUCAUCAAAAAAUAAACAAGAUCGACUAUCAAUA